AUGGAUAAAGUAUGUUCCGAUCUUUUUACUGAUGACUACGUGAGAAGACAAUACAGAGUAGUAACGCUUGACGAUGUGGAAGAUAUCAAGCAAAAAAUGGAAACAGAAGGGUUGGAUUUAUGUGGCAUUACUGGUUCUUCUGGCACUGGAAAAUCCAGCCUUAUAAAUACAAUUCGGGGUCUGACACCUCGUGAUGAGAAUGCAGCGAGUGUGGGUGUUGUGGAAUGUACAACUAAACCAACAUCUUAUCCGGACCCUAAAAAUCCAAUGGUGCAGUACUGGGACUUGCCAUGUGUUGGGACCCCGAAAUUUCCAAAAGAUGAAAGUUACCUACAAAAGAUUGGUUUUGAAAGAUAUGAUUUCUUUUUGAUCAUUACGGCCAACCGAUUUAGCGAGAAUGAAAUCUGGCUGGCAUCACAAAUUCGAAAGGCUAAAAAAAACUUUUUUUUUGUCCGAAGCAAAAUCGAUCAGGAUUUAAUUAAUGAGAAACGAUGUCGUGCCAACUUUAAAGUUGAAGAUGUCAUGGAAGAAAUAAGAAACAACUGUGUUAAAAAACUCCAACCCGAUUUUGGCUACCCUGAUGUUUUCCUAAUAUCUAAUUUUGAUCCACAAAAGUAUGAAUUUCCGUCUUUGUGUUUGAAGUUGAUUGAUGCACUUCCACAGCUAAAAAAAGAAGCGAUGACACUUUCGUUGCCAUCCUUGUCGGACACGAUGAUUGUCGAGAAAAAGAAAAUUCUUCAGAAACGAGUAUGGUACGUGUCGCUUAUGUCUGCUGCUGGUGCCUGCAUACCUUUUCCCGGUGUGUCCAAAGCAAUAGAUACGACACUUGUCUUAAAGGAGUUACAAAUUUACCGACAACAAUUUGGUAUAAGUAAAGAAACGUUAGUCAGUCUUUCAGAGAAAGUCCACUCAGACAAGAAAGACAUCCUCAACAACGUGCAAAUACUAACAUCUAUAGAUACACCUGAGAAUGUUCUAAGUUUAUUUGAUUCCUUUUCGUCAAGCAUAGCCGCAGAAGAAGUUAGUCGAUAUAUUCCUGGCAUUGGAACAUUGAUUUCAAGUGGAUUAACCUUCGCAACAACAUAUCGAAUGUUGAACGGUCAGUUGGAUCAGAUUGAAAAAGCUUCUAACGAAAUUAUGGAGUUGAUUCUUGAAACAUGAUUGAUGCAGACAAACUCGAUAGAUACAAAUGAUUGUUUUGUUUGUAUUUUGUUUAUGUAUUUGUAAAAAUUUGUAUUUAAUUGAUUUCCACCGGCACUGAUCAGUUAUUUUUAAACUUAGAAAACUCGGUAAAAAGCGUUGGAAAGAAAAAAUAAUUUCAAACCAAGAGGGCCAUGAUAUGUUUUCUUAUUGAUUUAUUUGUUUUUUAGAGAUUCUAAUUAAAUUAUUUUGUAAAAUCGAUAGCAUUGGACUGCCUAAUUUAUCACAAUGACGAUGCAUUUUUCUUAUUGUGUCACUUCUUAGAAGUUUUAAUAACUUUUAAUUGACUGUUGAGGUAUUACGUAGGUACAAACUUGUGUUAUUAUCUUAAUAAUGUUUCUUGUAUUUGCAAAAUAUAAAUAAGUAAAAAUAAACAUACUUUCAAUUUA